AUGAUCAAUCGAAGCUGUCCAGAAACCAUAGCUAAACACCUCAAGAGCUCAGGGGCCGGAGAGCAGAACCUCGAGUCCGAAAUGGCGAAUCCCAAAUCGAACUCGGCCCUGGAUGAGAAAGUCAAUCUCGAAGUUCCGCAACAGAACAGCAGCGCCCACUCUCGGUCGUCCGGAGAAGCUUUCGCGAAGUCGACGGGUAUCAAUGAGAAAGCCCUGGUUCGAAAACUGGACCUGAAGCUGCUCCCACCGUUGACCCUGCUGCAUUCACUAUCCUUCUUGGAUCGCGGUAACAGUAAAUACAUAUCCAUUGUUCCACCGGCUUCACGGAGAAAUUCUUCCCCCCGACCAUCAUCAAGCAGCUCGGCUACAACCUCCGCCGAAGCCCAGCUCCUCUCCGUGCCGCUCUAUGCCGCGGCCUUCGUCCUCACCAUCACCACCGCCGUGCUGAGCGAGAAGACGCGCCGGCGCUCCCCCUUCACCAUUGGCUCCGCGACCCUCGCCAUCGUCGGCUACAUCACCCUGCUCACGGCCCCCAUCAACAAACCCGGCGUCUCCUACGCAGACACCAUCCUGGCCGCGGCGGGCAUCUACCCAUCGACCGCCAUCGUGCUGUCCUGGGCCGCGGCCAACGUGUCCGGACACAGCAAGCGAGCCACGGCCACGGCCAUGACGAUCACCAUCGCCAAUCUCGGCGCCGUGCUGGGCACGCAGCUGUAUCGACCGAAUACCAGCCCGAGGCGGUACCUGGGCCACGGCUUCGCGUUGGGCUUACCUGGUCGGCAACCUCGUGGUCACCGGACUGUGCUCUGGGCACUCUUGACGAGGGAGAACCGGCACCAAGUGGCGAGGCAGCAGGCUCGGGAGGGUGUGAUUACGAGUGACGAGGACGUGAGGUGGUUGUUCCAGACAUGGAUGUUUGGAGAUUGCUUAUCAGGGAUUCUGGAGAUCAUGGAGUGCAAGCAGGCUGGGGUGCGGAGAGCAGAAGAAAAAGAAGAAGCGUUUGAGGAAGACAAAAAAAAAAAAAAAAAAAAAGAAGAGAGAGAGAGAGAGACGCUCGCGGCUCGCACCUUGAAGGGUUUAAAAAGGUUAGCCAAGUAUACUUAA